GGUGACGUAAUCGAUGUGCGCCGCCGGCGGCUUUCUUUUUUAUUUUUUCCUAGCAGGCGGCGGUAUCAACGGUUCUCUCGACAAGUAACUAGCAAAUUCUUUUAAUACAGAAUGCCUCUUCCUCCGGCACUUAUGGCCCGCUUGGCCAAGAGAGGGAUUGUUAAACCAACAGAUCAAGAUGCAGAUGAGGAGAUUAUMGCUGAAGAUUACGAUGACAACAAUGUCGAUUAUGAAUCCACCAGACUAGAGAACCUUCCUCCAAACUGGUACAAAGUGUUCGAUCCGUCCUGCGGUCUUCCUUACUACUGGAAUGUAGAGACAGAUAUGGUGGCCUGGCUUUCACCAAAUGACCCGACUGCAGUUAUAACAAAACCUGCCAAGAAAAUGAAGGUCAAUAAUCCCUCUCUCAGCUKUGGGAUUAGCGCAUGAAAUCAAGCUGCUAAUUAAAAUGAAUGUUUUAAUCUUCACAGGGGCUCUUGGUCAAGCGGCCUCCCCAAACGCAACGAAGCAAAGACGGGCGCAGACACGACGGCYGCAGGGCCGCUGUUCCAGCAGCGGCCGUACCCGAGUCCCGGGGCGGUGCUGCGAGCUAACGCCGCUAACCAUCCGCCCAAGGAGUGAACCGGGAUCCGGCGAAGACGGAAAAAGGUCCGGAAAGACGAGAGAUGGGAAAAGAUCCCGUAUGGACGGCCGCAAACACACAAACGUUGUUGCUAGCUCUUUAGUAUGGAAACACCUAAGGGACAUGGGGAGAUUUUUUUUUUUUGUUGCGUUACCUUGCAAAUGUACGACGGAAUAUUGGCGCCUUACAAAAAAUAAAUAAAAUUACAUAAAAUCAAAAUAAUACGAGAAUAGUCAUAUUUCAAGAAGUCGUAGUGUUAUGUUAAUAAGGAUAUUACGAUAAUAAAGUCAUAAUUUUAAGAGAAUAAAGCAAUAUUACCAGAACUAGUUGAAAUGUGAAAAUAUAGUAAAAAAGUCUAAAUAAUAAUAGUCAAAUGACUAUUCUCAUUAUUUAGACUAUUCUUGUACGAGUUUAUUUUUGUAAUUUGUUAUUCUUGUAAUAAAGUAAUAUCACUGUUAUUAAAGUAAUACUUAAUAUUACUUUAUCACUUCAUUACUGAUUAUUUUGGCUCAAUUAUUCCCUGCGAUUAGCAGCAAUUAAUCACAUCCAAACCAAAUAUUUAACUUCUCACCUGUUAAUAUUGUAAUGUGACUUUAUUCGCAUAAAUCUAAAGCUUUAUUGCUAUUAUUUCAACUGUAUUCUAAUAUGACAUCUCGUAAUGACUUCAUUCUCUUAUUAUGACUUCAUUCUUGUAAUUUUAUUUUCAGAUUUUUAGUUUGGCCCCAACUCUCCGUCGUACAAAAGUUUUYUUCGUUCCCUCGCAACAAUGUACCAGUUAAUUCAUGCAGCGUCUUGGAUACUGAAUCUGCUACAGUAUGAAGUUUUUCCACGUACWUUAACAUCUAUUUUGAGUUAAYAUACGUCUAUUUUAAAUCUUUUCCAUAAGGAUUCAGGUCAAACAUAAACUUUCCAUAACAGAGAGAAAAAAAUCCAACUAUUUGGACUAUUUUUAUUUUCAYGGUGUAAUAAAGUGAUAAAACAUUUAGUUUGAUUGUCUAAAUGGUUAAUAAAGGGCUGUUUUCAUGUGCAGUCCAACCUCUGAAUUACUCAAACAAG